AUGAAUAAAAAUAAAAAAGGAUUUAAACUUUUUUUUAUAUUUCCAGUUAUUGCAUUUGGAUUAGGUACUUGGCAAGUUUAUAGAUAUGAUUGGAAGAAAAGAUUAAUUCAGAGAGCAAAAGAUAGAAUGGAGGAAGAUCCAAUCGAAUUAUCAAAUUCAUUCAUAAAGAAUUUUAAAGGUAGUAGUUUUGGUGAUUUAAAUAAAUAUGAAUUUAGAAGAGUAUAUUUAAAUGGAAAAGUAAUUGAUAACCAAUACGUCUUACUUGGACCAAGAUCCAUUGAUGGUACAUUGGGCUACUACGUCAUCUCACCAUUACAAUUAUCAGAUGGCACUAGAAUUCUCUUAAAUAGGGGUUGGAGUGCUUCAACCCCAAAAUCAAAUUAUAAAAUUCCCUAUGCAAUUGAAGAAUUAAAAUUAAUUCAUCAAAAAGAAAAAGAACAAGGACAACAACAAGGAAAUCAAGAAUCAAUUUUAUAUAGAUAUUUUAAUAUUUUAGGUGUAAUUAGUAAAACUAAAGAAAGAGGUAGUGCAUUUACACCAACUAAUCAACCUGAGAAAGGACAAUGGUAUAGUUUAGAUGUUGAUGCAAUGGCUGAUCAAUUGAAUACCGAACCUUUAAUGAUCAAUACUAUGGAUGAAACUGAAAUUAAUUCCAAACCAUCAUCAUUACCAAAUCCACAAUUCAAAAGAUUCGAUAACGAUGUUGAAAGUAGUUUCCAUAAUAAACAUAUGUCUUAUAUUGGAACUUGGUAUACUUUAUCAGCUUCAUUAUUUUUUAUUUAUUUUAGAUAUAUGAGAAAAUUACCAAAAUAA